UCACAGCAACAGACGACAGCUACAAGUGAGCAGAGGAACCUGACAAGUGCGAGGUCUGAGUGACCACACUAUUGCCUCUGGAGGAUUCGAUUUCUUAAGUUCAGUGCUCAUUUCAGUACAUUCCUGCAAAGGUGGUAGAGAAGCUGCUGGGGGCCAAACUGCGCUUCAUUUCUGCUGCAAGCUUUAUCCUUCCGUGGGAGUAGCAGACGCAACAGCCUUGCUACAUUUUCCUCCUGGAUUUGACUUUGUGUUGUUCUUUUGAGGCCACUUUUCGCCAGUUUCUUCCCCCCGCCCUUGUUGACCGUGGAUCAUGCUGGGCACCGUGCUGCUGCUCAGUUUCUGUGUGAUGGCGGUGAACGGGAGAGUGAUGAGACACGCCUGCCCCCAGGUCUGUGACCGAUCCCGGUGCGCCCCAGCGCCGGUGAACUGCUCCGAGGGCCAGGUGAAGGACUCGUGCGACUGCUGCACCGUCUGCGCCGCGGCCGAGGGCGAAAGCUGCGGGGGGCGGGAGGACGUGCACGGUGUCUGUGCGGAAGGCUUCCAGUGCAUCUACUCGGCUGGCAAGCGCAAGAAGGGCACCUGCGGCUGCCCGCACAACGAUGAGGUGUGCGGCAGUGACGGCCAGACUUACAGCAACAUCUGCCGCCUGAAGGCUCUGAGCCGCCAGCACCAGUCCUCCAACGCGCUUCCUGUCAUUCUGAUCCAGAAGGGAGCCUGCGAUGCAGGUCACCAGCACCCAGACAGCAUGCGGUUCAAGUUUAACUUUAUCGCAGACGUGGUGGAGAAAAUUGCUCCAGCUGUGGUUCAUCUUGAACUUUUUCGAAGGAUGCCCUUCAGUAGCCGUGAAAUCUCUGUGGCAAGUGGCUCAGGGUUUAUCGUUUCAGAAGAUGGUCUAAUUGUCACCAAUGCACAUGUACUCAGCAAUAAACAGAAAAUAAAAGUGGAAUUGAAGAAUGGAGAAGCUUAUGAAGCAAAGGUCAAAGAUAUUGAUCAAAAGUCAGAUAUAGCAUUAAUUAAAAUACACCCAAAAAACCCUCUGCCUGUGCUUUUGCUAGCACGCUCUUCAGAUCUCAGACCAGGAGAGUUCGUGGUGGCAAUUGGCAGUCCAUUUUCAUUGCAGAAUACAGUAACAACAGGGAUUGUCAGCACCACUGAGAGAGGAGGCAAAGAGCUUGGCCUCAAGGAUUCUGAUAUGGACUACAUCCAGACAGAUGCCAUAAUCAAUUAUGGAAACUCCGGAGGACCACUUGUCAAUCUGGACGGUGAAGUCAUUGGCAUUAACACACUUAAGGUGACAGCUGGGAUAUCUUUUGCCAUACCUGCGAAAAGAAUUCAGCAGUUCCUUGCAGAAUCUCAUGACCGCCAGCUGAAAGAAAACUCUUCACCCAAGAAGAAGUAUAUGGGAAUAAGAAUGGUAGCACUUACACCAAGUCUCUUGCGUGACCUGAAAAUGCGUGACAAAGAUUUUCCUGAUGUUUCUGCUGGGGUUUACAUAUUUGAAGUCAUUCCGGCAACACCUGCUGCAAGUGCUGGUUUAAGAGACCGUGACAUCAUUAUCAGUAUUAAUGGUCAAACAAUCACAUCUUCAGAACAAGUGAGUGAAGCGAUUAAAAACAGUGACACCCUGGGGCUUGUUGUGCGUCGUGGAAAUGAAGACUUGAUGAUCACUGUGGUACCUGACAUAAUUAAUUAGAAAAAAAUUGUCUUUUUUUAAAUUUAUACAGACCAUUGUAAUCAGAUUUAAAUGUGGUUACUUGAAUAUUUUGUUUUACCAGUAGUCUCUUAAAAAAAACUAAGCGUCAAGUGUCAUAGUUAGGGGCUUUGCAGGUAUAAAUAAAAAUGAUGACUUAUAUUAUCACAUCA